AUCUUAGUGGUGGAUACAUUUUCUGUAAUCGGAUUUAUUUAUUUAACUCUAACACUACACUAUAAACAUAGGGGUGUAGAGUGUGAGUUAUUUUGUUCCCAUUUUUUCAUUCAUGAAUUAACAAUAUUAUAACUUUAUAUUUACAUUCAAAGAAAAGCAUUUUUGUUUUCAUCUCUCCUCUUUCCCUUUGUACAAUUCUUGAAAAUUCAGCAAUCUUAGAUAAUGUAUGCAUAGAUUUUCAUUUUCAUUAACCAAUAGAUUGUAUAUAUUAAAUUCAAUUAUAAUCAUUUGUUACUAGGCCCCUGUGAUUUUAACGAUAUAUAUUGCUUCAAUCGAACAAAUUUCACACUCACCACAUUAUUAUUAUUCCAUCAAAUAAUCGGAAAUAUGAUAUUUUCUCUACAUAUUCACUGAUCAUCUGGUACAAUGCUCUAACAUUGCUUAACUACCAAAAAAAAAAUUAAACAAUAAACAAAACUUGAUGCAUUGAGAUAUUUACUUAAUCCUUUACUGCUUUCUCAAUUACUUGAACUGGAUACCGGAUUAUAAAAAACUCCCUUUAAAAAAAAGGAUAUAUUUGAUUUUAGUAAAUUUUCUCAAAUGGAAUAAUAAUCAAAUGUUUAUUUUAUUAUAAAGAAACAUCAACAAAUAUUAGUAUAUAACAUGUUUAUUAUACGAUUGGCAGCAGAUGCACUGUCAUCAGUAUCGGAAAGUGAACAAAGUCUCAUUCAUUUAACUGAUAAUCCACUUCCCAAUCCACAUUUUGAAUCAGUUAAAAAAGGAGAAAUUAUCAUUCAAAAUGCUGAUAACACUAAUAAAUAUUUGCAUAGUAUUAAACGUGUACAUAAACUAAUUGAAGAUGAAUUAAUGAUGGAAUAUGAUAUGAAUAGUACUAAUACAACAACUACUACAACUACAACAAAGACAGCAUCAAUCAAUACCAUUACUGAUAAUGACAAUGAUGAUGAAAUUAGUCGAGGCAAUAAAUUCUCACGAUAUCAUGAAAAGGAGGAAUUUUGUACACCAUGUUAUAUUCAUCAAACUAAGAAAGAUAUUAUUACAAAGAGUACUAAUAAACGGUCAAUUUUAACAACAAAAAAUUACUCUACAACAACUGGUCUAUUAUAUGAUUUACUAUCGGGUACAGAAAACUUCGAUUCAGUUUAUAUGAGGAGUCAGUUAGUGUUUUUGACAUGUGAUAAUGCGAAAUCAAUAACUAAUCUUAAAAAAGAUAACUUUCUUAGUCGACGCAAAAUCAAUAAUUCAUCAUCUGUUCAAAGGAGACGUAAAUCAAUUAAACCAAAGAAGCACUGUCAUAGUUUACAAACUUUAGAAACUUCCAUCAGUAAUGGUAGAAAACUUUUCCAGGACAAUCUGUUAGGCGAGAAGUUGUCAUCGUCUUCUCCAUUAUCAUCAUCAUCUUUAUCAUCAUCACCUUCAUCUUCAUCAUCUUCGUCUACAUUGAGCCCUGCACAUAUUAAUUUGUUAACACAUUCCCAGUUAUCUCCAACGAAGUUAUUUGAUAGAUUUGAAUACUUAAAAAACAACCACGCUCUACAUUCCCAGUCACCUAUUAAUCAUUUUCCUACUGUGCAUACUGCUAAUCUCACUACCGCUACAACUUCUACAACUAUGAAUAGUCAAGAAUGUUCUGAACAACCACUUGAUUUAUCUUCAGCUUCCUCUCAUUCCAAUCAAUCAGGUUUACUCAAUAACUUUAAAUGUAAUAUUCCUACCUCAGAUAUCAAAACCUCAAAAAGAAGGAGGAGUUUUGCCGGUGAUUUAGAUUACACUUCACGAUUUUUUGACAAUUCAAGUAUUCUACGAUGUAAUAGUUUAAGACAUAAUUCAGUUACAUUCCCUUUGUCUCAUACUGUAAGCAAAUUUAGGAAUUGUAUUACUUCUAGUACCAAUGUUACUGGUAGUACUACCAUUAAUACUAUCAGUAAUAGUAAUUUAAGACCUGAACGUCAGCCAUCAGAAGAAUUUAUUCGUAAAGAUAUUGAACAAAAACUACAUAAGAAUAAUCUGAAUAAUACAUCGAACAAUGAAUCAACCUUACUAGGAGCCAACUUACUUAACUUAAUUCUAUCUCCAGCAUGUUAUCAAAUUGCUUUAUCCGCUGCAUUCGCCUUAUGUGCAUCUUCCGUUUUUCCGUCUUUUGAUAAUACAAUAUAUCGAAAUAAUGAUUUUUCAAAUUCAUGUAAUAGCCUUAAGACAACAAGUGAAUUAGCCUGUAAUCUAUGGACAUUAUCGAAUUCCAAUCGAAUUACUUCUAGUGAACAAAUGAAUGAAAAUAAUCAACAAUAUUUAUCAAAGUCAAAUCAAUCAUCAUCAAGAUUAUCAGACGAGAAACAUGAUAAUAUUUCAAAACCUGUACAUAUACAACAUUCAUCAUCAAUUCAAUCCAAGCUCAAUGUAAAACUUAAUUCAUUGACAAAAUUAAAAACCGGUGAAAGUGUACCAUCUAAAAAAUCCAUUUUAAAAUUACACUUCUUUCCAAAAAACACUCAACAUAAUCAUCAAACAAAACUUUUGAAGAAAAAAACAAACUCUUCACAUAGUCGAACAUUGUAUCAACAUUCCAGUAAAAACAACAACAACAAAAUCAAUAAUGCUGUUACACAUACAGCUGAUGAUGAUGAUGAUGAUGAUAAUGAUGAGGAUGUGAUCAAUGCACAACAUUCCUUUAUUACUCCAUCUAUUAAAAUUUCCAGUCAAAAUCUAACCUUUUACAAUAAAUUAAAACAGUGGUUUAGACAAAUGAUUCAUUUAAUUGAACAACCAAAAUUAGCAAUAAUCUCUUUAUUACAUAAUAAUAUUAGACAUGAUUUAACAACGACAAAUUUAUUCGAUUCAUUCAAUGAAUAUCUAUUAGAUCAGUCGAUUGAUACAAGAUUAGAACUUUUAAACAUAUCAUGGUAUCGGUUAUUGAUAGUUUAUUUAAUUGAACAUGAACAAUUGAAUUCACUCAUGACAACAUUUUCAUCAUCGUCACCAUCACCAUCAUCAUCAUCAUCAUCGCCAUCGUCUACGUCAUUGUCACCAGUGAAUGAUAAGAGUAAAUUUAAUGGGGAGAAAUUAAUAAUUAAGAAAAAAUUUCGAAUCGGUAAAUCGAUAAAAUCAAAGAAGAAAUAUGUUGAAAUGAUCAGUGCAUUUCAUGAUAUUCAAUCAAUAGCAACAAUAUGUUAUUCACUGAAAUUUACUCAUUCAGUUUACAGUCUGAUUCGAAUUGGUUUAUUAAUAUUAGGCAAUUAUCAAAAAACGCAAUCUAUCAAUGAUAUCCAUUGGUUGGAACAAACACUUCUAGAAUAUAUAGUCACACCAGAAGGAACCAAUGAAAAAUCUAAUUCCAGUCCAAACUCAUCACCACAGAGGUGUCAGACAAUGAGUACCAAUCUUUCUGAUAACUUUAAUACUACUACAACUACUACUCGUACUGAUGUGUUCAACUGUAUCAAUAUUGGUAACAGUAACAGUAAUAGUAGUAGUAGUAGUAACAAUGUCAGUAGCAGUGUUAUUCCUAUUGAUGCACCAUCCAUGAUACAUACAUUAAUUGAUAAACUAUUGAAUAUAACUAAAGAGUCAAUUAUUUUCUUUGUAUCUAAUCAAUUAGGUGAUUCAGUUGAAGAUUUAUUCAACAGUCUUGUCAAAAUCUCACAAACAUAAUUCCAAUGUUCUAAAACAACGUUUUUUUUGUUUUGUGUUUUUUUUGUCUAUUUUUUUCUUUUCAUCGAUACUUUAUCUUCAAUUUGUUUUCGAUUGUUUAUAAGUGCUAUUAUCAUUACUAUUAUUAUUACUACUACCAUUAUUGUUAAUUACCUAAUAUAUGAUCUUUUUGUUUAACUGAAUGCGCCCCGAGUAAAUUGAACACAUUGAAUAUAUUAUUAUUAUUAUCAUUAUUAUUCAUCACUAUAUCUACUAAUAAAUGAAUAAUUGAAUUGUUAAUUCUACCUCAUAAAGAAUGACAAUUUAUUUUUGACUUAUCUAGUUAUAACUAAUGUUCCAUUUGUUUCAUGUUUUCAAUUAUUUUCUAUCGUUUUCUCUUAUUCACCAGCUUUUUUCCCUCCCUCCCUCCCUCCCUCCCUCCCUCUCUCACUCUCAUAAAACUACAUCCUUUUCUAUAAUUGUUUAUUCGCUUAUUCUUUUUUUUCUAACAUAAUUCCAAUCGUUAGUUUAUCUUGGAAACUGAUUGCAGAAAUAUUGUUGAAAUAGUCCUCUGUAAUGCAUCACAUGACAAAAUUACUUUUCAAACGAUGGUUACUUUAUUAUUAUUAUUAUUAUUAUUAUUAUUAUUAUUAUUAUUAUUAUUUUACCCUUGUUUUCUCCAGUUUCCCAUAGGGUUGUUACGAUUUUUCAUUGUUGUUUUUGUUGUUUAAAUCAAUUUAUACGCAUAGUUGGUUUGCAAUACAUUCAAUCUCAUAAUUUCACUAUUCUAUCUCCCUUUCUUCCUCUUCUUAUCAUUAUUAUUAUUACUGUCGAUAAUGCCGGUGAAAUUAUUAUUUAAAAAAAAAAACACAGCACAACUGAAAUAAAUAUUUACUUGAUAAUAAUAAUAAUGACUGUAGUAAAUACAAUUUUCGACCCCUCGUGAAUGGAUAUUGAUUUGUUGGACAAUUUUUUUUCCUUGUUCGUCAUUAUUAUUUAUUUCGUCUGUAAUCACUCUUGUUAAUUAUUUUUCUUUCACUAUUUCUGUCUCU